CGGGGGCGGCGGCGGGGCGGGCGCCCACGGCCGGCGCCAUCCUCGCCCCGCGCGUCCGCGCAGGCACCGCAGGAAGCCACGAUGGCCCCGGCGCUACCUGCAACCAUCAACAUCCGGGAGCCCCGCUGGGACCAGAGCACCUUCCAGGGCCGGGCCAAGCACUUCUUCAUGGUGACGGACCCCCGAAACCUGCUGCUCUCCGGGGCCACGCUGGAGGAGGCCCGCCGCGUGGUGGAGGACUACAGAGCAGGCAGGGUGCCCCCGGGGCUGACGGAGGAUCAGCUCUGGCGGGCCAAGUACGUCUACGACUCGGCUUUCCACCCCGACACUGGCGAGAAGAUGCUCCUCAUUGGGCGCAUGUCGGCCCAGGUGCCCAUGAACAUGACCAUCACUGGGUGCAUGCUGACCUUCUACAGGACCACACCAGCUGUGCUCUUCUGGCAGUGGGUGAACCAGUCCUUCAAUGCCAUCGUCAACUACACUAACCGCAGCGGGGAUGCACCCAUCACCCCCAGCCAGCUGGGAACCGCUUACGUGAGCGCCACCACGGGCGCAGUUGUCACUGCGUUGGGGCUCAAAUCUCUCACCAAGCACUUGCCAGCCAUCAUCGGCCGCUAUGUGCCUUUUGCAGCUGUGGCUGCCGCGAACUGCAUCAACAUCCCGCUGAUGCGGCAGCGGGAGCUGAAGCUGGGGAUCCCCGUCACGGACGAGGAGGGCAACCGGCUGGGCGAGUCCACGGCCGCGGCGCAGAAGGCCAUUUUCCAAGUGGUGGUGUCGCGCAUCGGCAUGGCAGCCCCGGCCAUGGCCAUCCCGCCGGUGAUCAUGAACGCCCUGGAGAAGAGGGCCUUCCUGAAGCGCUACCCGUACCUCAACGCGCCCCUGCAGGUCGGGCUGGUGGGACUCUGCUUGGUGUUCGCAACGCCGCUGUGCUGCGCGCUCUUCCCCCAGAAAAGCUCCAUGCGCGUGAGCCGCCUGGAGCCCCAAGCGCGAGCUCGGAUCCGGGAGAAGGACCCCGGCGUGGAGGUUGUCUUCUUCAACAAGGGGCUCUGAGCCGCGCCGCCGCCGCCGCGCUCGGCCCCGCAGCGGCCCUCCGGGGACGCCGCUGCUUUCCCUUGGCUGUCGUGUGUCCGUAGGUCC